GGACUUCAUUCCUAAGAGCCCUGCCCUGACUGCCGCUCCGUCCCCAUGCAGCACCGGCCCACCACCAGCAGUCCCUCUCGAUGGAAGUCCUGGACGAGUACGACAACGAAUUCCCCCAGAGUGUGACCUUCUGCCAGCUCAUCUCCGAGGACGACUUCGAGAGGCAAGCAGCGACCUACACAGAGCGUGCACUGCGCCGUCUCUUCCGCACUUUGGAUCGUAACCCAGCGCUGGCGGAGAGGGUUGUGCGCAAGGGCAAGCAGACUGAGAUCGAGCAGCGCGGACUCCUCUCCUGCCUCUGGGCAAAGUUUGUCUGCGCUGUCCAGGGGGAACUGAAUCAGUGCAACAGUAUGGGUGCCCUGGAGAUGCAUCAGCGCCUGGAGCAGCUGAAGAGGCGCAUCCACCGUGUACACCUGUAUUCCCAGGGUGCCAAGAAGAGGAGGAGGAAGCCAAAACCAAAGAAAGCAGAUACUGUCCUCCUUCGAGACCGGUCAACCUCCCCGUGCCUGCCACCAGCCCCAUUACCACCACCGCUGCCACCGCCACCCCCACCACCACCUGUCAACACCAUGGCCUCUGUAGUGGCUGCAUCACCCUCUGUCUACACUAUGCCCAGGGUCUUUGGCCCCUUUCCUCCAAUGUCUGGGAAGCCGAUGGAGAAACUGGAUAUUUCAAGGUCUGAAGUGAAAUUAAGCUGGAAUGGUCUUUCAUCAACUUCAAAGAGCCACAUGGUCGAUCUGACCCCCUUGGUCCUCAACCCCGGAGGCUUCCAUUUCUCGUAUUUGACAGGAAACAGUGCACACAAGCUCCAUUGUCCUGGCUUCCCCUGUGUUGGUGAUGGAACCCAGGACCUCACAAAUGCUCGGUAUAUCACCUGUGCUGAAUACACCCACUUCUACGGUGGCAGGAAGCCAGAUAUCACACAGACAAGUUUUCGCCGCUUACCUUUUGACCACUGUAGUCUUUCUCUGCAGCCCUUUGUCUACCCUGUCUGCACCCCGGAAGGUGUCGUCUUUGACUUGCUGAACAUUGUUCCAUGGCUUAAGAAGUAUGGGACCAAUCCCAGCAAUGGAGAGAAACUUGAUGGGAAAUCCCUGAUCAAGCUCAACUUUGCAAAGAACAGUGAAGGGCAGUACCACUGUCCAGUGCUGUACUCCGUGUUCACUGACAACACCCAUAUUGUGGCCAUCAGGACAACUGGCAAUGUCUACACCUAUGAGGCAGUGGAGCAGCUAAAUAUCAAGGCCAAGAACUUGAGGGACCUAUUGACUGAUGAGCCCUUCUCCAGGCAAGACAUCAUCACCCUGCAGGACCCCACCAAUCUGGACAAAUUCAAUGUUUCCAAUUUCUUCCAUGUGAAGAACAACAUGAAAAUCAUAGAUCCAGAUGAGGAAAAGGCCAAACAGGACCCAUCUUAUUACUUGAAAAAUACCAAUGCUGAGACCCGGGAGACACUACAGGAGCUCUACAAAGAGUUCAAAGGAGAUGAGAUUUUAGCAGCCACCAUGAAGGCACCUGAGAAGAGGAAGGUGGACCAACUGAAUGCUGCCCACUAUUCCACAGGAAAGGUCAGUGCGUCCUUCACCUCUACUGCCAUGGUACCUGAGACCAUGCAUGAAGCAGCCAUCAUUGAUGAAGAUGUACUGCGCUACCAGUUUGUGAAGAAGAAGGGCUAUGUGAGGCUACACACCAAUAAAGGCGACCUUAACCUAGAGUUGCACUGUGACCUGACACCAAAAACCUGUGAAAACUUCAUCAAACUCUGCAAGAAACAGUAUUAUGACGGCACCAUCUUUCACAGGUCCAUCAGGAACUUUGUGAUCCAGGGUGGUGACCCCACAGGUACAGGAACAGGUGGAGAGUCCUACUGGGGCAAGCCUUUCAAAGAUGAAUUCCGCCCCAACCUCUCACACACAGGCCGUGGGGUGCUCAGCAUGGCCAACUCGGGGCCCAACACCAACAAGUCUCAGUUCUUCAUCACGUUCCGCUCCUGUGCUUACCUGGACAAGAAGCACACCAUCUUCGGACGGGUUGUUGGGGGUUUUGACACGCUGACAGCUAUGGAGAAUGUGGAGAGUGACCCCAAAACUGACCGUCCUAAGGAGGAAGUGUGUAUAUGUGCAACCACAGUGUUUGUGGACCCCUAUGAAGAGGCUGAUGCCCAGAUUGCCCAGGAGCGGAAGAAAACACAGCAGCAAAUGGAUCCAGAGGCUAAGGUCAAGAUGAGCCAGCCCCAGCCUGGGAACCAGGGCCCCCAGACAUACCGCCAGGGGGUGGGCAAGUACAUCAACCCAGCAGUCACGAAACGAGCAGCAGAAGAAGAGCCAUCAACCAGCACAGUUGUGCCCAUGGCCAAGAAGAAGCCCAGCCAGGGCUUCGGAGACUUCAGCUCCUGGUAGCAGCAGGCUGGCUCAUGGAUCCUGACAGGCUACCAAGGGCGACAGCUUUGCCAGGGACAGGGAGGCCAAGGGCAUUUUGUAUGCUUGAGCUUGGUGGUCCUGCUAUUCAAGGUGAACUCGAAGUUGCUCCCAGGUCUCUGUCCACCAGCCUUACCAGCAGCCACUCUUCCAUCCCUAUCUUCCAGGAGAGAGGACAGGCCCCACCUGGGCUUGCAUUUCCACGGCUUGUACAGAGCUUAAAUGGUAGCUUUUUAGAUAGUAAUGACACUUGGAUUUUGAAAACUGCCUGAUGAGGUCAUCAGAAAAUAAAGGACAUUUUUAAAGAA